AUGAAUGAUUCAGGGGCAUCCGAACAGAAUGGCUUGGGACUUGUCGCCCUUCCGAGAGACGAACCUGAAGCUUCGGGAGGAGGGAACGACGAACUCAUCGCCCAACUGGUGCAGCAAAUAGCCAAUAUGCAAACUGAGAUCGAGCGACUGCGAAAUCUUACCAAUCUAUCCAUCACCCUUAAUACCCCUCACCACGAACAAAGAACAAAUGCGACGCUUCCACCAUCUUUUUCACCUGCUGUGCAGCAACCAGAGGCUGAUCCUUAUGAGGAAAUAGAAAGGGAAGCUAGGGCGAGAGCGGAGGAGAACGUUGCAAAGGAGAUUCGUAGUCUGAAGGAAGCAUUUAGAAGCAUCCAAACCCACAAAGGAUGUGAAGGAUUGGAAUACGAGGAUCUGUGUAUCCAUCCCGACAUUGAGUUGCCCGCUGGAUACAAGGUACCGAAAUUUGAUAUGUUUGAUGGAAAGGGAAAUCCUCGGGCUCAUUUGAGAUCGUACUGUGACAAGCUUGUCGGAGUAGGGAAAGAUCAGGCCAUUAGGAUGAAGCUGUUUAUAAGGAGCCUGACGGGAGAAGCACUUGAUUGGUAUACAUGCCAAGAUCCGCAGAAAUGGCGUAGUUGGGGAGAAAUGGCGCAGGAAUUUAUGGAUAGGUUCAGGUUUAACACUGAGACUGUCCCAGACAGAUUCUAUUUGAUGAAGUUGGAAAGGAAGUCAACAGAAACUUUCAGAGAGUAUGCUAUGCGAUGGAGAGCAGAAGCCGCAAAGGUCCAGCCCCCGAUGGCGGAAAGUGAGAUGACGACGCUUUUUGUACAAUCUCUAAAAGAUGCAACAUACUAUGAAAGGUUGAUAAGCGUCAUCGGGCAAAAGUUUUCUGAAGUUAUCAGGAUGGGAGAUUUUAUAGAAGAAGGUAUCAAGACAGGGAGAAUCACAAAUUUGGCAGCUUUGCAAGCAACAAGUAAGGCAAUUCAAUCAGAUUCAAUUAAGAAGAAGAAGGACGGAGUGUCCGCGGUCAUGACCAUCCAGGAACGUAGACCAAACCAGAUGUUAACCUACCAAUACCCUUCAUCCCAGCCCGCAUAUUACAGCCAAUACACCCAAACCCCUCAGCCUUAUUACCAGCCUCCACCCGCUCCUUACCCUGUUUACCAUACCCAACCAACAUAUUGUCCACCUCGAGCACCCGCCUAUCAAAACCCAUCACGAUACCAACCAACCUACUCGCCUCAACCCCAAUACCAACCACAAAACCGUCCACAAAACACACCCAGACCUCGCCCAAACUUUGAAAGAAAACCCACUAAAACUUAUACACCAUUAGCCGAACCCUUAGCCCAAUUAUACGAAAGAUUGAGAACCGCCGGGAUACUCCAACCCAUUCAAGGGAGAGUUCCUAAUCCCCUUCCUGGAUGGUAUGACGGGACUAAGCGUUGUGCAUACCACUCAGGAGUUGCCGGACACGAUACUGAAAAUUGCCUUACUCUUAAAGAUAAAGUCGAGGCGUUGAUCAAAGAAGGAGUCAUCCAGCUUAAAGGGUCUCCCCCAAAUAUAAAUGACAAUCCUCUGCCCAAUCAUGGUGACACAAAUGUGAACAUGAUCACCCUUGAUGAAGAAUGUAAUCUGGAAGGGACUAUCGUGCCAGUCAAAGAAAAGAAAAAGGUGGAAUCAUCAGCCUUUGUCGCUCCCGUAAUUACAGUUCAAGUAAGAGCACCGAUUGAAGUAGAAGUACUCACUGCCAGGCCUAAGAUCACGGCCCUAGUCGCUCAAGCGCCCUCUUUCAGCACCAAAGCGGUGCCUUGGAAUUACUCGGCGGAUGAAAGGAAUAAGGGAAAGGCAAAACUGAUUGUAGAAACUGUUGCUGCCGGGAUGACAAGAUCUGGGCGGUGUUAUGCCCCUGAAGAGGUAGCACGAGGAGCACCAAGCAAAGAAAAUGGCCAAAAGAAAGCUGUGACUGAGGCUGAGGUUGAAGAAUUUUGGAGGAAAAUGCCAACCAAAGAAUAUUCUGUUGUAGAACAACUGAAGAAAACACCAGCCCAGAUUUCUUUAUUGUCAUUAUUGAUGAGUUCUGAAGCUCAUAGGAGCGCUUUAGCAAAAGUACUGAAUGAAGCUUAUGUUCCGCUUGAGACUUCCAGCGAGAAACUUUCAGCUAUGGUGGGAGAAAUCCUUGAAACCCACAAAGUUUCUUUUCAUAACGAUGAAUUGCCACCUGAGGGUUCGGUACACAACAAAGCGUUGAACAUCACCGUCAGAUGCAGGGACAAAUUCAUUUCCAAGGUAUUGAUUGAUGGAGGUUCAGCUGUGAAUAUAUGUCCUGUCACUACUCUCCGAGCUUUAGGGAUUGAUGUCGGGAAGCUUCGCGACAGUCAGGUAAGAGUCAAAGGUUUCGAUGGAGCCCAGAGAGGUGUCGUGGGAGAGAUUGACUUAGCCUUAGAAAUCGGACCUGUGGAGUUCAUGGUGGAGUUCCAAUCAUUUUUCAAGGCGUCCGUCACCCAAGUACCAGAGGAAGCUGCCGAAGACAACCUCGUGGAAGGACUCAAGAAUCUGUUCAUUGCCGAGGAAGAAGCUGAAUGCAACGUGAUUCUGGAUGAUUGCCCUGAAACUCCAACUAUCUGGGAUGCUGAGCCUGGAGAUGCUUUAAACAAUUGGACUUGUACCCCGCCCCCGAAUCAAACUAGUAAAUCUGCCGAUACUGUGAAUUUGACACGUAAUGAAACAAGCGAACCAAUUCUAAAUGCCGAACCAGAUUCUGAAGAAUAUGAAGAAGACUUGCAACCUGAAGAGUUAACUAAGGAUUUUGAACAUUUUGAGAAUAAGCCAAAACCGAAUUUGGAUGAAACAGAAACCAUAAACUUGGGAGACUCAGAAACUGUGAGGGAAACAAGAAUUAGUGUCCAUUUAACUCCGGCACAAAGGGAAGAAUUGAUCAACCUUUUGAGGCAAUAUAUAGACGUAUUCGCAUGGUCUUACGAUGAUAUGCCGGGUUUAAGCACAGACAUCGUUUCGCAUAAGUUGCCUAUUGAUCCAUCUUGUCCUCCGGUGAAACAAAAGAAGAGAAAUAUUAAACCGGAUCUGAGUUUAAAAGUCAAGGAAGAAGUCUCCAAGCAAUUUGAUGCAAAGGUUAUUCGAGCUGCGAGCUAUCACCAAAAUUCGAUGGAUGAAGAAGAUCCGAGAAAACGGCAUUUGUCACACCUUGGGGAGUAUACUAUUAUCGAGUGA